CAUAACCGAACCGAACCGUUUCCUUCCAUAGCCUUCCUCCAAAAUAAAACCCUAACUCUAAACUAGCAAUACUGCUGCGGCUCUGUUUGCUUCACCUCGCCCCUCUUCCACCGUGAAAAAUGGCUCCGAAGAAGGCUGUUGGAAAAGUUUCAGCAAAGAAGAAGCUGGAGAAGGUGGUAAACCCACUAUUUGAGAAGCGUCCCAAGCAGUUUGGAAUUGGUGGGGCAUUGCCGCCCAAGAGGGAUCUCACUCGCUUUGUCAAAUGGCCCAAAGUUGUUCAAAUUCAGAGGAAAAAGAGGAUUUUGAAGCAGAGGCUCAAGGUUCCACCAGCUUUGAAUCAGUUCACCAAGACCCUUGACAAGAAUCUUGCAACGAAUUUGUUCAAGAUGCUUUUGAAGUAUAGGCCAGAGGAUAGAACACAGAAAAGGGAGCGCCUUUUGAAAAGAGCUCAGGAAGAGGCUGAAGGCAAAUCACUCGAUGCCAAAAAGCCUAUCGUUGUUAAAUAUGGUCUCAACCAUGUUACCUACCUCAUUGAGCAGAACAAGGCACAACUGGUUGUGAUUGCACACGAUGUGGAUCCAAUUGAGUUGGUUGUAUGGCUCCCAGCUCUGUGCAGGAAGAUGGAAAUUCCAUAUUGCAUUGUCAAGGGAAAAGCACGUUUAGGAUCGAUUGUCCAUAAAAAGACUGCGUCAGUUUUGUGCUUGACAACAGUAAAGAACGAAGAUAAGUUGGAGUUCAGCAGGAUCCUAGAAGCUAUUAAGGUGAUGACCACAGUUUACAUAGAUGUUACACUUGACGCCUACCGUUAUAGAGCUUUAUUUUUUAAUACGUUUACUGCUGUGUUUUUUUUUUUGUUAAGGCAAACUUCAAUGACAAGUACGAGGAGUACAGGAAGAAAUGGGGUGGCGGAAUCAUGGGUUCCAAGUCACAAGCCAAAACUAAAGCAAAGGAGAGGCUUCUUGCCAAGGAAGCCGCUCAAAGGAUGUCUUAGGAAUUCACAGAUCAACACUAGAGCAAAGGACAAGGGAGAAGUUUCUAGCAAAGCAGAGGAUGUCAAAGCAUGGCUUAGUAUUUGGUAAUGAGCUCUUGUCUAACUUAAGUCAUUUUUCCUUGAUUGCAAAACAGAUUGUUAAGAGGCUUGUCAUUGUUAUUUUCAGUUUUAAGUUUAUUGGAUUGAGAAAUUUUAUUAUGUUCUACGAGUUCUACAUUAUGUUUAAAGCAGGACAUUUUGGAAUUAA